AUAGUUAUUGAUUAGAAUACCGAGGAAGAAGUUUCUGGGAGACUAUUGAAGCCUUGUAUUAGGUACUUUGUGCAAGACGACCGAGUGCCAUCUCUGACGGACGGUGGAACAAGAAAUGGGACAGAGAAAGAUUGGAACUCCUUCCAGCAGCUUGGAGAAAAUUAACGUUGUGGUGAUGGGCAAAGAUGAUGUCGGAAAAUCUGCUAUGACGGUUCGCCUUCUCACUAAAAGAUUCAUCGGCGAAUAUGACAGCUCUCUUGAGUCAAUCUAUCGGCAUUACUUUAAGCUAGAAGAGAACUUCAUUACAUUGGACAUCAUGGACACAGCCGGCAAGAAUACUGAAGAGAAGCUGAGUCAGUGCUCAUCCUUCGGAAACAUGUUUUUGUUGCUGUUCUCCAUCACCGACAGAUCAUCUCUAAAAGAAAUUCAUCGACUCGGUCAUUAUUUGAAGACAAUGAAAACGAGCGGCGCGUACAGCAUUAGCGUUGUUGGAACAAAACGAGACUUGUCGGAAUACCGAAAGGUUUCCGAAGAUGAGGGGAGGACACUCGCCAAUGAGCUCGGAGGAACCUAUCACGAGAUCUCCAGCGCUGAAGGAUACGAAGAAACACUGAAACUGUUUCAAGAUGCGAUCAAAGUGCAUCUGCAGUCGCGGUACACCGAUCGAGACCGGCAAAAGAGGGGACUGGGGCUAAGGAAACUCAGGGAGGGCCUCCUUAUGCGAACCAAGUCACUUUACAGAAAACGAGGCCUGACCUUUUAGGUAGACCUACGGGGUGGUGACCACAGGCGCCUUUUACAUGAAUGUGUUUGAUGUCAGUGUAAAUAGCUAAAUUGUAAAGUUUGAAGUUGUAAGUAAAUUAUGUAGUUAGCUAAUACUGUCAUAACAAAAACACAUAUUAUGAAAAACGUAAAGGUGCAGUUCCUAUCG